UUCCGGUAGUAAACGAGAGCUGUCAGUAGCACAAGUAGUGAAUGGGUUUGUCGGUCAGUAUUGUAUUAAUUGUACUGGCGCUGAUUAUGACACAAAAAAAAGAAAACUGUGUAUUUUGUCGAAUUUGUAAUGAAGAAGAACAAAGUGAAAUUCUAUACAAGUAACUCCUGCAAGUGGACUAUCUCCAAACACAAGCUUCCCAUUGUCCACACAACCAGAAUCUUCUAUUCCCUGCCUCAGAAGUUUUCUACAGAUGAUGAAUAUGUUGUCUUCCCUGAUAUCAAACCAGCUGCCCGACAUCACUAUUUGAUUGUCACACGUAAACAUAUUCGAAAUGCAAAACAGUUAACUGUGGAGCAUAAAUCUCUUGUUGAGAAACUUGUUCAAAUAGCAAAGCAGGUCCUGAAUGAAAAUGGUGCUGAUUUAUCUGAUGUAAGGUUUGGUUUCCACUGGCCCCCAUUUAACUCCAUUCAGCAUCUGCAUUUGCAUGCAAUCUGUCCAGCCAGUAGCAUGAGUUUUGUAUCUCGUCUGAUCUUCCGCCCAGACUCUUGGUGGUUUGUUUCACCAGAGUAUGUGAUGUCUCGCCUGUGAUAUCACUGCCUGCACCACACUUGAUAUUCGCCAGUUUUGAUCUACAGUUGUGCUGUACAGUAUCUGGGAGUACGAGGACAUGCAGUCUGUAGCCACUUGCACUGGAACGUUGAAACCAGCUAUAUAAACUGUUCAGGACUUUCGGAGGAAAGGUUAUGUACCUAUGAUAGUUUGUGUUAAUUCAGGUUGUAAAUUGCAUCCUUGGUUGACAGAGAAAUUGUUCUGUGUAUGUUGAACUUCAAAUGGAAUAUAACCAUAUUGUGCUCAUGGCUGUUGAAUAUUGA